GACAAUAACAACCGGCUACGCAAACCGAAAAUAUCGAAAAUUUGUUAUCAAGCGGAUCCACCUAUUCACUUCCCGUCAAGAGGCCGGUGUGUGGGUGGGAACAACUUUAUUCCUGAUUCCGGUGCACGCGUACCUUGUUGCUUUCAACUUCGUUAUCUCAAUAAUACCCUCAUGCCGGCCUACCACUCCCAAUUUACAAAUGGGUCAGCAGGAUUGGUGGGCAAUAUGGCCAUUCUUCCCAUCAGGUCUCAGUACAGGGGCCCAGCACCGAAGAGCUCCGAUGAGACUGACAUUAUUGAUGAAGCACUGUAUUAUUUCAAAGCCAAUGUUUUCUUUCGAACGUAUGAAAUAAAGAAUGAGGCUGAUCGUGUACUGAUAUACUUGACGCUCUACAUUUCUGAGUGCUUGAAGAAACUCCAGAAGUGCUCAAACAAAAACCAAGGUAUCCAGGACAUGAAGGCACUCGCCAUCUCCAAGUUUGACAUUCCUGGAGAAGCAGGAUUCCCUUUAAAUCCAGUCUAUGCAAAGCCUUCGUCUCCAGCUGAAGCGGAGACAAUGCGGGCUUACCUUACACAGCUGCGGCAAGAAUGUGGGCAACGUCUGUGUGACAAGGUUUUUGAUAGUGAGACUGGGAAGCCAAGCAAGUGGUGGCUGUGUUUUGCAAAGAGGAAAUUCAUGGACAAGAGUCUGUCUGGGUUUGGUCAUACUUAUCAAUGACAGGCAUAGCACGUACUGUGACACCUUGCCUUUUUAUGCAAGUGCCAACACUUCUGCAAAAUGUAGAUUCAGUGAGUGAUCGAGCACUACAUUUUAAUCAGUCUCCAUGAAAUAAAUUAAAACCAAACAUGCCGGCAAUUGCUUUUUUCUUUAAUAUUGAGAAGGUUCUGGCAUACAGUUAUGAAUUGGUGUUGCUUGUGUGCAUCACUACCUGUACGUUUCACUUUCUUGAUUUGCUGAUGCCUGUGUACAUUGUUUUUUACCAUUUAGUUGAAAAUGUUUGCAUUUGCCUGAAACACUAAAAAAAUGUUAUUUCUUAGUUUGAAUUUCAGCAGCAUCUUUUGUUUUUUAAUACCUAAAAUUUUUUUGGAUACCUAAAUAACUGAAAAGAAAAAGUAUUUGUGCACUUUUUCUUUGUGAUUUUUCACCUUCCACAGUGACAAAUUUUUAAUAGCUAUGAUGCUUGAGAUGGUGUCUGUCAACAUAAUAAAAUUUUCUCAACU